AUGGGCAAUUCAAGUGACAUAUUUCUUAAAUGCUACAAUGAACUUAAGCACUUAGAGGAGAAACUCAAAGAUCAAUAGAAAGAGAAAUCAUAGAGAAUCAUUAAGAGAAAGUCUGUUGAAAAGAUAAGCGAGAAAAUGAAAAUAACAAAGGAGAAAAUUGAAGAUAAGAUGAGAUUUUUAGAGGAAUUAGCACAGAAAAUGUAAUUUCAGGAAUAGCUUAUGUAGGAUUUAAUCAAAGAUCAUUUUAAAUUAUUUUAGCGAGGCAGAGUUAUACAAACUCCGAAUGAGAAAGUUCAAUAAGAUAAAGCCCAGGAUAGACAAAUUGAUGACAUAGAGAGUCCUCUGAGGAAUUUCUGA